AUGAUUUCUUCAAAGGAGAUCAAAAGAAAGCCAGAUCAAGAUGCCUCUAAGCAUUAUGAUUCUGUGAUUGACAAAGUCUUAUAAAAAUUAGACACUGUCUGUAAAGAAGUUAUUGAUAGAACAAACCAAAACAAUUAAUAAGAAAAUGAAGAAGCCAGAUUUGGAUAAUAAGUCAAAUAGAAACCUAUGAAUGAGGAGAGGAAGGAAAAGGAGGAAAAUGCCUUACUUUUACAAUUGGCAGAAAAAGACAAAGGCAGAUUACAUUUGUUCAUCAAAUUGGUCGAUUAUAUGACAGUCGAAACACUUGUGUCUAUCAAUUAGACAUCUAUGAGCAUGUUAUUAGAGGAAAUGAAAAAGGAACGUAAAAAUGGAUUGUUCAAUACAGCAGUGAAUUUUGAUGUUUAAAUAUUCACACCUGACGAAAAAGAAAUCUCAGAACAUCUGAAAUGCUUAUUAGAUGACAUGAUUGUGGUUAUGAGAAAUACUGCUAGAGUAAUAUCUCAUUAAAGUAUGAUUGGAUACAUAAAGAACACUAAAUUAGGAGAAUUGCUAUCUGAAUAAAAAGAAAAUAAGGAUUGCAUAGCUGAUGUCCAAGGUAUCAUUACUGAUAGCAUUGAAUAUUAAAAUAUCAAAAAUGAAAUAUUUGAAAAAGUAACUAGUGAUUUUCAAGCUGCAGAAGUCUAUGUCAAUACAAACUACAUGAGAUGUAAACCCAUUUAUGAAUUUUUAAAUACUUGGAAUUAAGGAGAUUUUGAAAAUAAGGAACACACCCUCGAUAUCAUUAAAUCUCAUGUUAUGGAACUUAAAAAAUGGUUGGCUGAUAUCAACUUUUAUAUUAAGGAUAUUGCUAAAGGAAUUCUUAAUGUGGAUGGCAAGAAAAUUAAAAACAAACUCUAACCAUAGGUUGUUACCAAAUUAGAGAAUUUUAAGGAUUACCUCUACAAAUUGAUGUAAAAGAAAGCCAAUCAAACUUUAACUACAUUAUAGACAUACACCUCUAAUUUAUCUAAGAAUCCCUAAAAUCUCAAAGAGUAUGCUGAAUUUAUAGAAGCUAUCCAAGAGGCUGAAUAAAAUAUCAAAGGACUCGAAACAGCAAAAAUAGAAGUUGAAGCUAUGCAUUCUCUAUUAAAAUCUAAAUUUGAUUUGAAUCCUUUGAAGAACUCUGACAUCGUUAUGAUGGACGACAUUCAAGCUGAAUAUUUGAGACUGACUUUGAAAAUCAAAGAAGCUGAAGAAUUAUGUAAAGAAAGAAAAUAAGAAAUGAUGAAGAAGCAUGAAGCUGAAUUCAUUAAAUUCAUUACCAAUAUUCAAAAUACAACUUCAUCAGUCAAUAAAGGAAAAUUAAUAUUAGAAGAAACAUAACCUGCAGAUGCAUUACAAUAAUUAAAUGAAAUUAAGACCAGAUCUUUAGACAGAUUCAAAGAAUUAGAUAAGAACUAUUAGCACUAUGCCAAAUUGAUGGGAUUGAGUGUUACAACAAAUAAGGAUUUACAAGAAUUGGAAGCUACUUAUAAUGAUCGAAGAAUGCUUUGGACUCAUUCUGAUAAAUUCAACAAGUUAUAUGAAGAUUUGUAAAAAAACAUAUUUACCACCUUGAAUGUAGAAGAAAUAGAAAAAGAAAUGAAAAGUUAUGAAAUUGGAAUUUUGAAGUUAAGAUAAAACAUUAAUAAUCUAUCAAAGGAAGGAAGAGAUAAAGUAUUAGAUCAACAUGCUAAUAGAGUCGGUAAUGUUUCAUAAUUUAUGCCCGUUAUACAAGCAUUAGGAAAUAAGGAUCUAAGACCUAGACAUUGGAAGAAAAUAUUUGAAGAUCUAGGAUCUGCUUGGUAACCAGGAAAAACAUUUACACUCUAAGAAUUGAUAGCUGAUGGCGUCAUGAAUAAGAAGGAUAAGAUAGAAGAAAUAUCAGCCAAGGCAUCAGGUGAAGCUAGUAUUGAAGCACAAAUUGAAGAUAUUAAGUCAAAGUGGUCUUAAUUAUCAUUCAUAGUCAAUCAUUAUAGAGAAGCUAAGGAUAAAUUUAUUAUUGGUUCUUUAGAUGAUAUUAUUGCAGCAUUGGAUGACCAUUAAUUAAAAGUUUAAACAAAGUUGGGAACUAGAUUUGUUGCUGAAAUUAGACCCAGUUGUUGA